CCCGGGAUGGGAUGCGGAGAGCUUGGGCUGUUUGGGGAGCAGCCCUGGGUUUGACAAAACAAUGCAUCUUCACGUUUCAUGACAGCGACUUGCGCUGUGCAUCCUCGGGUCGAAGCUUACGUUCAGCUUUUCCAGAAUUCUGCCCUUUCCAAAAGGAAGAUGGUAUGAUUAAAUUCCAGGAAAGGGUGACAUUCAAGGACGUGGCUGUUGUCUUCACCAAGGAAGAGCUGGCACUAUUGGAUAAAGCCCAGAUAAACCUGUACCAAGAUGUGAUGCUGGAAAACUUCAGGAACCUCAUCUUAGUGAGAGAUGGGAUUAAAAACAACAUUUUGAAUCUUCAGGAAAAGGGGUUGAGUUACCUUUCACAAGAAGUGCUUCAUUGCUGGCAGAUUUGGAAACAAAGGAUCCAGGAUUUAACUGUGAGUCAGGAUUAUAUCACGAACCUUCAAGAAGAGUGUUCCCCACAUUAAAAUGUUUCCCUCUGUGAAGAGUGGGCAGGCAUGUCUCUUCAGAUUUCUGAAAAUGAAAACUAUGUAGUAAAUGCCAUUAUCAAAAAUCAGGAUAUCACAGCAUGGCAAGGCCUGACACAGGUUCUUACCCCAGAAUCGUGGAGGAAAGCCAACAUAAUGACUGAGCCCCAGAACUCUCAGGGAAGAUAUAAGGGAAUUUACAUGGAAGAGAAAUUGUACAGAUGGGCUCAGCAUGACAGCCUCAACUGGACCUCACAUGAUCAUCAUGAGUCCCAAGAAUGUAAAGGAGAGGACCCUGGUAGACAUCCCAACUGUGGGAAAAACUUGGGUAUGAAAUCAACAGUUGAACAACAUAAUGUGGCCCAUGUAUUACCACAGCCUUUCACAUGUAAUAACUGUGGGGUGGCCUUUGCAGAUGAUACAGAUCCUCGUGUCCAUCACAGCACUCACCUAGGAGAAAAAUCUUAUAAAUGUGACCAGUAUGGAAAGAACUUUAGUCAGAGCCAAGAUCUUAUCGUUCAUUGUAAAACUCACUCUGGCGAGACUCCCUAUGAAUUCCACGAAUGGCCUAUGGGCUGCAAACAGAGCUCAGACCUUCCCAGAUAUCAGAAAGUCCCCUCAGGAGACAAACCCUACAAAUGUAAAGAAUGUGGCAAGGGCUUCAGGUGCAACUCCUUCCUUCACAACCAUCAUGGAGUCCACACAGGGGAGAUGCCCUACAAAUGCGAUGCAUGUGGGAAGGGGUUUGGAUUUAGGUCACUUCUUUGUAUUCAUCAGGGAGUACACACAGGGAAAAAGCCCUAUAAAUGUGAAGAGUGUGGGAAGGGCUUUGAUCAGAGCUCCAACCUUCUUGUCCAUCAGAGAGUCCACACUGGAGAGAAGCCCUACAAAUGCAGUGAGUGUGGCAAGUGCUUUAGUUCAAGCUCUGUUCUUCAAGUCCACUGGAGGUUUCACACAGGGGAGAAACCUUAUAGGUGUGGUGAGUGUGGAAAGGGCUUCAGCCAAAGUACACACCUUCACAUUCACCAGAGAGUCCACACAGGGGAGAAACCAUACAAAUGCUAUGUGUGUGGAAAGGAUUUUGUGUAUAGCUCUGUUCUUCACACUCAUCAGAGAGUUCACACUGGAGAAAAACCAUAUAAAUGCAAAGUGUGUGGAAAGUGCUUUAGUUACAGUUCAUAUUUUCACUUACAUCAAAGAGAUCACACCAGAGAGAGACCAUAUAAAUGUGAUGAGUGAGGUAAAGGCUUCAGUCGGAAUUCAGAUCUUCAUGUUCAUCUCAGAGUCCACACGGGAGAGAGGCCCUAUAAGUAAAAGGCAUGUGGUAAGGGCUUCAGUCGUAAUUCGUACCUCCUUGCCCAUCAGAGAGUGCAUAUAGAUGAGACACAGUACACACAUUGUGAGAGUAACAAGGACCUUCUGACUCAUCAAAGACUACAUGAGCAGAGAGAAACAUUAUAAACGUAGU